AUGGCUAUACUUUCGACAGAACAGUCGCAGACUAGGUUUCUAGCCAUCGUCCUCCCUGCCCUCACGUUAUGCACACACACGCUCCUCGCACUCUCCUCGAUCCUACCCGGCUCCGAUCCAGACCGCGCUUUCUUCUCCCUCGUAUACAACUUCCUCGCCGUCUGUGCGAGUAUAUUGGGUCUUUUGGGCGCAGUCAGAUUGUUACCAAGCCUCGUGUCAAUAUACACGCUCGUACACACCAUUACGCUAUCCUUUGCAACGUUUGCGCUGCUCAACGCCCCCUUGAGCUUCCGCAUCAUCAACCCGAUCAUUCCGAGCUGGCAAAUUGAUGAGAACGCUAUAUGUCGCGACAUCAACGCAGGGUUUGGAUGGGACGAGGCUUGGUUUACAAAAUGCUCCCAGAGCUUUAGCCUUGUCAAGAUAUGUUUUGCAGGCCUGGGCUUGGUGUUGAUGGCGGCACAGUGGUGGGCGCUGAUGACGGUCCGGCGGUGGGGCAAGGAGUUGAGGUUUCAGCGGCUGUUGAUGGAGCGUGGGGAUGGGGAUGUGGAGAAGGCGGGUAUACUGCAUGAUGAUGCUGGGCUGGUGAUUGCGAGCGAGAAGAAUCAUGAGCAAAGAUUCAAGAACAAGACGUGUUUCUCCUGGACUGGUGAUGACCUGGUUCAGAUACUGCUUCUUCCUCUCUAA